AGCUCCAGAAACCUCAGACAGAAUCAAUCCUCCCUCAUCUGCUGGCUUCCAAGUUUUGCUGCAGCCCCCAAGGGCUACCGGCAGGAAGUCCACUGCAAUGAAGCCCUCAAAGGCAUCCCAGCGCUACCGAAGCAUCCGCAGAAAUGCCAGCCAGCGCUACCUCUACCAGGAGUCCCUGUUGCUCAGUAACUUCGAUGACAGCUUUAAUGCUGAUGAAACGGGGGACAGCAGUGACCCGGAACAAAUCUUCCAGAACAUACAGUUCCAGAAAGAUCUCAUGGCAAAUAUUCGCUGCAGACCCUGGACCAUGGGACAGAAGCUGAGGGCGCUGAGGCGAGCGAAGGAGAUUGUGCUGAAGUUUGAAGGGAGGCUGACCAGGACUCGAGGCUACCAAGCAGCAGGCGCAGAGCUAUGGCGGAAGUUUGCUCGUCUGGCCUGUAAUUUUGUGGUCAUCUUCAUCCCCUGGGAAAUGAGGAUAAAGAAAAUCGAGAGUCAUUUUGGAUCAGGUGUGGCCUCUUAUUUCAUAUUCCUGAGAUGGUUAUUUGGGAUUAACAUUGUGCUCACGAUUAUGACAGGUGCAUUUAUUGUCAUUCCAGAGCUGAUUGCCGGCCAGCCCUUUGGAAGCACAGCCAGGAAGACCAUCCCCGUGGAGCAGGCUGCGUCCGCCCAGGAUCUGGACACUGUCUGGUCCCUAGGGGGCUACCUUCAAUACUCCGUCCUCUUCUACGGCUACUACGGCAGGGAGAGGAAGAUUGGGCGAGCUGGCUACCGUCUGCCCCUGGCGUACUUCCUGGUGGGGAUGGCUGUGUUUGCUUACAGCUUUGUCAUUCUUUUAAAAAAGAUGGCAAAGAACUCCCGCACAAGCCUGGCCAGUGCUUCCAAUGAAAACUACACCUUCUGCUGGCGGGUGUUCUGCGCCUGGGACUACCUCAUUGGAAACCCAGAGGCCGCGGAGAGCAAGACCGCCGCUGUGGUCAACAGCAUCAGGGAGGCUAUCCUGGAAGAACAGGAAAAGAAGAAAAGCAAAAACCUGGUCGUGACCGUCUGCCUGAGGAUCAUUGCCAACAUCCUGGUGCUGCUCUCACUGGCUGGGAGCAUCUAUCUCAUCUACUUCGUGGUGGACCGGUCUCAGAAACUGGAGCAGUCAAAGAAGGAGCUGACUCUCUGGGAAAAGAAUGAGGUGAGCGUGGUGGUGUCCCUCGUCACCAUGUUGGCACCGUCUGCCUUUGACCUCAUUGCUGCCUUGGAGAUGUACCACCCCCGGACCACACUGCGCUUCCAGCUGGCAAGGGUCCUCGUGCUAUAUUUGGGAAAUCUCUAUAGCUUGAUCAUUGCUCUCCUGGACAAAGUGAACAGCAUGAGCAUUCAGGAGGCAGCCUCAAAAUAUAACACAAGUGCUUGGAUGGAUUCUACCACCUUCUCUGCCACCAGGGCAGCCCCUGAAGAAGGGAAAUGGCCCACACCUGGGUCUGGAACAGGGAUCAGUGGAAAUGGCACAUGGGUCUUAGAGGAGAUGAGGGUCCCAACAUACACAGUGCCACUCAACAAGGUCAACAAGACCAUGGUCCACAACCAGAAUCCACAAGGCCAGUGCUGGGAAACAUACGUGGGCCAGGAGAUGCUGAAGCUGUCCAUCAUCGACAUGCUCUUCACUGUGGCCAGCAUCCUGAUCAUAGACUUCUUUCGGGGACUUUUUGUUCGCUAUUUAAGUGACUACUGGUGCUGGGACUUGGAAAGCAAGUUCCCUGAGUAUGGGGAAUUCAAAAUAGCCGAGAAUGUGCUACAUUUAGUCUACAACCAGGGAAUGAUUUGGAUGGGCGCUUUCUUCUCCCCCUGCCUGCCUGCAGUCAACGUCCUCAAACUCAUCGGACUCAUGUACCUGAGGAGCUGGGCAGUACUCACCUGCAACGCACCCCACCAGCAGGUGUUCCGUGCUUCCAGGUCCAACAACUUCUACCUAGCCAUGCUCCUGUUCAUGCUGUUUCUGUGCAUGCUGCCCACUGUCUUCGCCAUCGUGCGGUACAAGCCGUCCCUAAACUGUGGACCCUUCAGUGGACAAGAGAAAAUCUACGACAUCAUGUCCGAAACGAUUGAGAAUGACUUCCCUGGGUGGGUCAGUUCCGUGGUCGGGCAUCUCAGCAGCCCUGUGGUCAUCCUGCCUGCUGUGCUGCUGCUGUUCCUGCUCAUCUAUUACCUGCAAAGCAUCGCACGCUCAUUGAAGCUCAGCAACCAGCAGCUGCGAGUGCAGAUCCAAAAUGCAAGAUCUGAAGAUAAGAAAAAGGUUGCCCAGAUGGUAGAAGCUCGAAUCCAGACCCAGGAGGAAAACUCCAAGAGGCUUCCAAAGGAGGGUGACCUAGCACACAUGGUGACACCCCUAAACAAUGGCACUGUGGUCAGCUUCGACUCCCUGAGCACUGAGAGCAGCAGGACAGAGGCCAUCAGUCACCCUGUGCCCCAGAGCCCGAGUUUAAGCCACAGAGAUCCCUGCUUACCUCUUCCUGGUGUUGGCAAACCAGGGCCACAGCGAUUUACUGACAGGUAUCGACAGGGGCCAUGGGCCAGCACAGGGGACCUUCACCAGAACAGGGCCUUCACACCUGUGACACUGCCACAGCAUGUGAAGGAUGUACGAUCAGAGCCUCUUUUCCGAAAAGACUUACAGCCAAUCUAUCCUCCUCUCCGUGGCCCUGGGGUCUCAGCCUGUGUAGCACGUGGUCACAAGCCCCAAACCCCUAGGUACUAUCUCAUGAAUGAACCUGACUCCCACCAAAAGCCCCACCUGACUUUCUGGCCCGAAAGACAUUUCAAGAUGGAUGCUUCUGGUGACAUGGUAGAGGUAUACCCCAGGAACAUGCAACAGCACUUGGCCUGGGUGCCCCUGCAGCCUGGCUCUCUGCAGCUGAGUGAAGAAGAAGAAGAAGAAGAAGAAGAAGAAGAAGAAGAAGAAGAAGAAGAAGAAGAGAUGCUGAGGAGAGGUGUGGGCCAACGGCCACUCACCCCUCGCUCCCAGGCGGGCCUCCAUCAAGCCCCUCAUUUUUACAUUGCUGAGAGGUCCAGAAGCCGGACCCGAGAUCCUGAGCCCCGGGGAAGGAGGCACUGCAAGUCUGGGGGUGAUGGUUUUGAGGGUCAAGCUGACAGACCCAUGUUUGUGCCCAGGAGGCCAUGCUCCAGGAAUGUGCAGCACCCACAGCCUCCUCUGCAGCCCCGGGCCCGGCCCAAGUUCCAGCCAUGCUUCACGGAUUCUGACUCCAUGUCAGCAUUGUCCAGCAGUGACCAGCAAAACAGCAGCACUGACCAGUACCUGCAAGUCACCCGCAGCCAGGGCAGGCUCCCGAGGGCCACAGGGAAAGCUGGCCGGAAGAAGGCCAAGUCUGGGCGGGCAAUGCCCACUGAUCUGGAUGACCUGGUCUGUUCCAAGGUCUAGGCUUCCUCCCAAUGGCCCAUGCACAGAGGUCAGGGCACUCUGAAGCACCGGGCCUCACACCCCCUCUCAGCCCUUCAGAGACAGGAAUGUGCCGCUGGACAUCAGAGAGUAUGCAGUGCAUUCAGUCACAUCUGUAGAUGGCUGGCCGAGGCCCUGAAUCUCAAAGUACAUGCUGAUUCUACGGCAAACAGACACGAGUCAUUUCUGAGUGCCUCCUAAGUUCAGGACACAUCAGUUCAUCAUUUCAAGACAACUUCAGUCCUUUGCCUACAAUUAUACAAGCCAGACAGCACAUCCCACUGUGGAAACCCGGAUCUGCUCCUCCCUUAAACUGUAUGAGUAUGCUGUUUUGUGAGGCUGUCCUUCUUUGUACAAGGACCCUGCUCCCUAGCAAGCACUGGAGAUGAGGUGACUAGCCCUAAGGGUUUCGCAAUGCCUAAUGUGAGUAAUGAAAAUGUAAGUGAUGAGAAGAGUAACGAAUUAACAAGAGCUCCUUUUACUGUUCACUGGGCUGUGUGUCUACAUUAAUUAGUCAGAAAACUAGGUUUGCACAGAAUCCUAGUUUUAUCCCUAAGUUUAUUGGCUUUUUAACUGGGAAGGAUGGAUAUUAAGACUCAGGAAUGGGUUCAGCAGAAUCAGGGCACUGAAUGUCUCCAGGAUCAUUCUCUGUUCUGCUGUCUCUGAGCUGCUCGAGUUCAUUUCUCCUAUGCCAACAGCUUCCCCUGCACGGCUAUUGGAAGAGAAAGUCACAGCCACAGAAGCAUUGCCGCUUUGCAGUGUGCAGCCAGGAAGCCCAGGAGACAGAGCUGAGCUCUCAGUGCGCAGCUGCCUGUGGUCCUCUGACCGGCCUUACACAGGGCAGAUGUCGAAUCUGCCACAGUAACUGGACUGGGUCCUGAUUCACAUCUCCAUAUAACUCCAUUGUCUCCACUUGUGUCUUUCUUGAUACAAGUCACUCCAUUUUGAUUCUGACAGUAACAGAGUGGCUUGAACAACACACAUAUAUCUGUUUCCGUGGUGAGUAGUCCAGGUAUGGCUCAGCUGGGUCCUUUUCCAAGGGUCUCACUGGGUUGUAAUCAGGGCAUCAGCUGACUGGGAUUGCCUCCAAGGUUGGAGGUCCUCUUCCAAUCUAUGUGAUUGUUGACUGAAUGCCUUCCCUUGAGGUUUGGAGACAAAGGUUAUCAGCUCUUAGAGGCUGCCUGUAUGUCCCUGCCAUGUGUUCCUCUACACAAGGUUGUUUGUACCUUCACAGUCAGCUGAAAGUGUCUCCAGAUUUCCAUCUCUUCUUCCAGAAAAGGUCCGGACUCUUUUUAAAAGGCUUCACCUGAGUAGGCCAGAACCACCCUGGAGAAACUCUCUGAUGAUUAUCUGCAAGUUAACUAUUUGGAGACCUUGAUGCUAUCUUCGAAAUGCUUACUGCCUCACACAACCCAGAGUGGGGGUGAAAACUGAACAAACCCACAAGUGUCAAUUCAGUAAGAAGAGAUGCAAACCAGGGGUCAAAAAUCCUGGAGGCCUGACAAAGACACUUAACAAAUAUGGAAUGGGUGACUGAAGGGUGAAUAAGCUGUACUAAUGACUGAAUCACAAAUAGCAUUCUCACCAGAUUGAGGCCACUUCUAACCAGAAAGAAAAAUUUAGUCUAAAUAUUGCCAUUUAAGAAAUGAACACAGAUAAACACUCCUCUCUGCAUUCAUGAAAAGGAGCACGUUAUUUUCAAAGUCCGGCCACAAAAUGUUCUGUGAGGCCAUGGGAUGUCCUUUGGCAACCGAGGUGCUGGUCUGUGUUGUGGCGGGGAGCUCACCAGUAUAUGAUUUGGGAAAGGCUGGCCCCACAUCCAGGUGUUACAGGAGUAUGUGCCUGGGUAGGGGUGGGAGAAACCUCAUGAAGUCUAGAAGAUAAACCGGCCUUGGGACAUUCCUAAGAAAAUCUAGUGACCAGGACAUACCCAGGGCUGUAGGCACAAUGUUGUCACACACUACACCCUGGCACUUAGCACUGGACUCCCAUGUCUUUAAUUUAGGACAAUCUAGAAGAAACUGAUUAGUGCAAAAAUUAGUGUAACAAGCACCUGUGUUCCUACUGGAUCAACAACUGUUGAAAUGUUGUUUUAUUCUCAUCUAAUGUUUUGUUAUUAAUAAAAAAGAAACCAUUAUAGACAUAACCAGGUCCACAUUCAACCCCACAUCAAAUCUCAUGCCCCUCACCUGUCAAGAGGUUGGUGUGAAUCCACCCAGCAGAUCCUUUGUAGUUACAAAUGUGUUUGUGAAUAUAUAUACAUAAGCUUCAAUAAACAAUACCUAAAUACAUUUUACUCCGGUAAAUUCUGCUAUCCUGCAUGUAUCAUUGUACGUAAUUAUGUUGUUGAUGCCUGUUGAUCAAACUCAGCUGCAUAGUGUCUCAUGGUGUGAAUAAAGUAUCUAAUAUUUAUCCAUUGUCUUCACGAUACACAUUGAAAUCUUUUCUACCUCUUUGUUUCUAAAAAUAAUCAUGCACUGGACAUGGUUUAUAUGUUUUGUCAGCAGUGGAUGUUAGUCCUCCUAAGAGCAAUCUGUAACCCUUAGGAGAUGAGCACAACCAAGUUUCCCAGCUGCUCUUCUAUUGGUCUUCUUGGUUCAGACCCCAGACUCUUUUUCUUGACUUCACCAAAACCUGACCUUGUCACACUGUAUAAGUGUUGCCUAUAUGAUGAAAAAAAGUACUGUUAUUUUAAUUAGUUAGCCUUUGAAAACUGCUAGCACCUUUCCUUAAGUUGCAUUUUCUCUUUGUGAACUGUUGCUGCCUCUGCGUCAGCAAUCACCACUGCCCCAAGCCAGUUCCCACAAGGCUGCCGCCACAGAACUGCUUGCUAAGCAGUUGUUGCCCUCAUCCCGAGGGUUACCCCUCACCUAAAUUGCAACAGAAGACAAGAACCUACAUUACCAAAGUCAGCACAGCUGUGGUUUCACAAUAUUCCUUCCCAUUUAGUAAUGAUCCCUGGCAGGGAGGUUGUAUGCUUUUCUGCUCUUUAACUAAAUCACUGUUGAGGAGGACGUGAUUCACAGUAUCAUUAAAAAAAUCUUUCCUAAAAACACCUGCAUAACAAACUCCUCUUAAGUCUCAGAGAUCAGAACAACUAUAAACACCAAAAAUAGUGAGUACCUCUUGAUGAGAAUAGUCUGAUAAAUACCUUAGUGACCUAGGAACGAUCCUUUGGUCACUCCUUUUGUUUCAGAUUUCGUGAAAGCCAGGAAAUUCAGAGGAAAGCUUUCUGCAUAUCUCUGUAAAGCCAACUACCCUAGCCCAAGGCAGUAUUUUCCAGCCCCUCUGAGUAUAUGUGUUUGAAUGCAAGUAUGUGCUUUCCUUUAUUUUUUUUUCAAGUUAUCAAGUUUUCUUUUUUGCAC